CACGGAGCUCUGACCGCACUCUCCUGCGCCGGAACCAAUCCUGAGCAGUUGCGCAGGUCCAGGCCGGGGAAGGGGCAUCGGGGGUAGCCAGCGGCUGUCCCCGGGGGAGCCCGGGUGCGGGGGACCAUGCGGGCCGGCAAGACCUUCCGCAAGCGCCGCGCCGACUCGGAGUCGGAGUCUGACGAGCAGGACAGUGAGGAGGUCCGGUUGAAACUUGAGGAGACCAAAGAAGUUCAGAGCUUGAGGAAACGACCUAAUGGGGUGAGCGCUGUAGCCCUCCUGGUUGGGGAGAAAGUACAGGAAGAGACAACUCUAGUGGAUGAUCCCUUUAAGAUCAAGACGGGUGGAAUGGUGGACAUGAAGAAACUUAAGGAGAGAAACAAGGACAGGAUUAAUGAAGAGGAAGACCUCAACUUAGGCACCUCAUUUUCAGCAGAAACCAACCGAAGGGACGAAGAUGCUGACAUGAUGAAAUACAUUGAGACUGAGCUAAAGAAGAGGAAAGGAAUUGUGGAAAACGAGGAGCAGAAGGUGAAGUUGAAGAAUGCUGAAGACUGUCUCUAUGAGCUCCCUGAGAGCAUCCGAGUCUCCUCAGCCAAGAAAACAGAAGAGAUGCUGUCCAACCAGAUGCUGAGCGGUAUCCCUGAGGUGGACUUAGGCAUCGAUGCAAAAAUAAAAAAUAUCAUUUCAACAGAAGAUGCCAAGGCACGCCUACUGGCAGAGCAACAGAACAAAAAGAAAGACAGUGAAACCUCUUUUGUUCCAACUAACAUGGCUGUGAACUAUGUGCAGCAUAACCGAUUUUAUCAUGAAGAACUCAAUGCCCCAGUUCGGAGGCACAAGGAGGAGCCGAAAACCCGUCCCCUCAGGGUGGGAGAUACUGAGAAACCAGAACCUGAGAGGUCUCCUCCAAAUCGCAAGCGCCCCCCCAAUGAAAAGGCAACUGAUGAUUAUCAUUAUGAGAAGUUUAAGAAGAUGAACAGACGCUAUUGAUAUCAGCUCAGUGGGAGUAGGUGGGGAGGGGUUUUUUGCAGAGAUUUUAUUUUUUAUCAACUACAAGAUGCAGUGUAUAUAUCACAGAAAGAAAAGUUUGUUUCUUUUAGAUCUCUUUAGGCUGUACACUUGUUUUACAACCUAUUUGUUUUUGGUUUGGUUUGGAAUAUUUGGGGUAUUUCUGCAAAUAGGCAUGUAUCUGUUUAUGAGUGUGGCCAUAUGGAUAUCAACUAUAAUGAUCUUGCAUGUUACCUGUCAGGUUUUCUUAAGCAGUAGAUUGAUAUCCUCAUUAAGCUAUGAAGUUUUCUUUUCUUUUUUUUUGGUCAAAUAGUAUUCUCAUUACUAUUUCCAAAUCUCCUUUGUAAAUAAGUUGGUGUUUUCUUGAUAUUUGAUUAAUAUGCAGGAAUUGUGUUGUUUUAGUAUUUAAACUAUUUUCUGAUGCCCAGACAUUGCUCCAUAGCUUAGUGAGGAAGUUUUGUUUAAGAAGUAUUCAGAAGACUGAGGUUUGCUACUUGCUGUAUGACUUUCCCUUCUCUUAAGCCAUGGUUUCCUCAUUUAUAAAAUGGGGUGAUUGAUAACUACUUGAUUUACCCUGAAAGGUUGUUGUGAAGAUCAAGUGAGUACUUUGUAACUCUAUAGUGCUUGUUUAAAAAAAAAAAAAGAUGGCAAAGAAAUCCAGGAUAGGACUAAGGAGGCAACAGUAGCUUUUCUGACUUUUCCAAAUUCCUAUGGGAUGUUCCAUACAAUUUAUUUCUAUAUCAAGAAGUUGUAGCUGAGUGUUUUAAUUGUUACAUAGAGUAAUACAUAAUUCUUACAUAGAAGUUAAAACCAGAUACCUCACAUGUAUUUGGAAGAGAUUUACCUUUUGCCAAAUCUGCUAGUGGCAUUUCAGGUGCUCAAGGAGCUACAGUUCUCUAUUCUCCAGCCCCAGGGCAAAUCUGAGUGACUGAAAUGGACUUUUCAGGUUCAGCUCAAAAGACAGUUAAAAAUCCCUGUUUUAGGGGGCAGCUAGGUGGCGAAGUGGAUAAAGCACCGGCCCUGGAUUCAGGAGUACCUGAGUUCAAAUCCGGCCUCAGACACUUUACACUUACUAGCUGUGUGACCCUGGGCAAGUCACUUAACCCCCAUGGCCCUGCCAACAAAACAAAACAAAACAAACAAACAAAAAAAUCCCUGUUUUAUGAGGCAUUGACAUGUUUCACAAAAUUUAUUAGCAUUAAAAAUAUUAGCACUUGGAUAUUAAUUUCCUUGAUGCUUUUUCUCAAGCUAGGCCUCAUUCAGGAAAGAAUAGACAGACAGCAAUCAUCCUGGGAUAGGAGGGUAGAAAACUCCUGAAAUGCCCUGAAAAGUUUGUGCUACAGGUUGAAAUUUUUGAUUCAAGAAAAGUCAGAUCCAAAAUGUGAUAUUUGAGGGCCUAUCAAUUAAGAGAAUGAAUGUAAAGUCCUCCACAAAUGUGAGGGAUUAUUCACUUUGCCUUUUGAGAUUAACACAUAGUAAGCAUCUAAUGAAUGCUUUUUCAUUCAUUCAUUAAACUAAUAAUAUACUUACACUACCUACCUCAUAAGCUUGUGAGGAAGUGUCUUUUUGUUAGUUGUAAAGUGCUAUAGAUUUGUGAGCUGUAUCAGUAAUUAUAGGAUUGUUGAUAUGGAGCAUGAAGGGAUCUUAGAUAUCAUCGAAUCCAACCCCCUCAUUUUACAGAUGAGGAAACUGAGGUUCAGAAAGGUUCAGUGAUUUGUCCUAGGUCACAGGAAAUGUGACAGUGCUGGAAUUUGAACCCAGGUCUUAGUACAAAUCUAGUAGUGCUCCUGUAUUGGCUGUGGCUUCCUUCAGUGGCUGUAGAGAUCUGCUUAGGCAGGGGAAUGGGUUCCUAAAAGUCCGUGAUCUGAUAAUACAGUGAGCAUUGGCUUCCACUAAAGUCUCACUCUGAUGCUAUGUUGUGGCAAGGAGGUGAGCCUGGGUUUUAGAGGCCUCUGGCAGAAUCUGUUAUGCCGUUAUGGCUUUGGGUAUGGUCACAGUGAUGAACUAUUCUCCAAGAACCAGUCUGAGGUUAGAAAGAAUGAAUAAAUGAAUAGAAAAGCACUUAAUAAGCACUUAGGAUGUGCCAAGCACUAGAGAUAUACAGACAGAAAAGCAAAGCCAGUUCCUGCCUUCCAGGAGCUAGCAUUCUAAAGGGGCAGAUGACAUGCAUAGCGGAGUGGUGGCUAGGAAAGGUCGUUUUGCUCUGGGAAGUCUCAGUGCUGCUUAGGGGAACAACAUCACUGACAUGCCCUUUCCAGAAGCAAUAGUAGUAUUGAUUAGAUUUGAGUUUCCAGAAGAAAAAAUGGAAAGGGUGGUAGUUGGUUAGGAUUAGGGAAGAUGGCUGGGAUGAUAUCAUAAGAAAAUAUGACCUGAUGUUAAUGAAACCAGGAAAACAAUAUACAUAACACAUCAAACAAUGUAACCAGAAAGAACAAUGGAAGCUGAAUGCUGUGAUAUUAUGAUGACCAACCUUGAACCCAUGAAAGAGAUUUAAGAAGGUACCAUCUUUGCAGAUGUGGAGGAUUGUGGGUGUGGACAUUGCAUAUAUGUCAGACAUUUUCAAUGUGUUGCUUAGUUUUGCUAAACUCCUCCCUACCCCCUUUUUAUUGUUAUGUAGCCCUUAUUCUAACUUCCACUUCCCCCUGGAGAUAAGUCCCCAGAGGGCAGACUCCAUCUACCCCUUGGGAUUCCAGGGAUACCCCUGAGGAGUUGGAAAUGUCUUUAAUAUUAUCAUCUUGGGGGCAGCUAGGUGGAGCAGUGGAUAGAGCACUGGCCCUGGAUUCAGAAGGACCUGAGUUCAAUUCCGGCCUCAGACACUUGACACUCAUUAGCUGUGUGACCCUAGGCAAGUCACU